UUAAAUACUCACCGAAGGGUGACUGUGUUGCGAAUUCUAUAAACUAUGAUAUUUUUAAAAUUUAACGAUCGAGAUGGACGUAUAGCUCAGUUUAUAAUAGACUCUGGUGUGAGAUUGAUCGUUUUUUUAGCUGACAACACAAAAUAUAAAAUUAAUAAUGAUGAAAAGGAUGUUGUUUGUGGUUGUCCUUGUAACUGUCGGUGUUAUUCGUACAUCUGCACAGGACAUAGAACCAAUGCCUCUUCCGGGACCUUCAACUAGUAGUCCUUUAACGACAUCAACUGCGACAUCAGAUACAAAUGGAUAUGAAACAACAACGCCGGAGGAUGUUGAUAGCACAUCACCAACGAGUGAAUCAAGUGAAACCACAGAAACUGAAACGACUCCAGCUGGGGAGACAACUCAAGAUAUCACAAUCACUUCUGAGAAUCCUGACUCAUUAGGAAUAACAACAGAAGAAGUUUCAGAAGCAUCUACUGAAGCAAAUGAAUCAACAACAGAUACAGAGGCGAAUACCUCAACAACUGAUAAUCCAGAGGAAAGGACAGAGGAAACAGUUAAGACUUCAACAGAAGAUAAUAAAACAACUGCGUCAACUCCAGAAGAAACCCCAGGUACAACAGAUUCAACACCAACGGAAAAUAAUACCACAAGUGGGCCAACGACGGUGUCAACACCUAGAGUUCCCAGCAUCAGGCCGUCAUUUCCUCCCGCCCAAAGGCCGUUAUCUCCUCCUACCAAAAGGCCAACAGAUAACGCAGAUCGUGGUGUAUCACCGUACCUUUGCCGGUUAGUUCUUCAAGAUGGAAGGCCAUAUUAUAAUUGGAUUUUCAGAGUCAUAAUUGUUCCAAAGGAAUGUUUAUUCUGCUGUCGAAUUGGCUACUUCGCAAUGGAACAAUGCACACAGAUAAAUCCGUACUUUUGCAGUUGCUGACUUAUGAAAUAAAAAACAUAAAACAUGCAAAUAAUAUAUGAAUUUGUAUUCUAUUUAAAAACUAUUUCAUAACUUUUAUUUGUAAGGGUUUCAAUUUAAUAAAAUGAUUUGUAUUCAGAAAUUAGCUAAUAAAAUUGUUCAAUUUGUUUUGAAUUUUAUACAACAUCAA